AUGUCUUACGUAUCCGGAGCUUCGCAGCCAGACCACAGUCAAGCGCUGCAGGAACUCCUUCAAUGGAUCGAGAGGCGAAGUAUUUCAUCUUACGACAUUGAGACUGGAGCUGUUGACAGCGGCAGAGUCUUCAUGCCGAAUACAUCGGUCGAGAACUACUUCCAAGAACACAACUGCAAGAGAACCAAGGACCUCCUCGCCGCCGUUUAUCCGGAUGAAGAUGCUCCUCCCGCAAGAGAUAUUGCCGAAACGUGUCCACGCAUCUUUUGCAUCCUGACCUUGAUCAGCAAGACAAAAUACAUUCGAUUCUUCACCAAGAGGAAUACCCUCCUGGACAAUCGGCUUCCAUUUGAGGCAAGGCCAAAGGACUUCCCGACUUCUCCCAGCGAUCCUAGCUUCUUCGAGAAUUUCAAAAAGCACCAAUGGCGCUUUUGCGCCCCUGACUUGGAAGGCCGUAGUGGCCGUCGAUUUGAUGACGAGGAGAUUCUACCUAUCAGCGAACUCAAGAAAGCUGGUGGUGGCGGUAGUGCGACGGUUUACAAAGCCACAAUACAUACAGAACACGAUAGAUUGGUUCGUUUUGACCCGUGUUCUCCGUGCUUGUGCUGACAUCUCGACAGCGUAAGGCGGCAGGCAAUUGUUACGCGUUGAAAACGUUCAGGCCCGGCGAGGACGACUUCCAGCGCGAGGUCGACGCGUUUGACAAGAUCACCGGCCAAGGCAUGCGGACGACAGAAAACAUUAUUGAAUUUUGCGGCGCUUUUGAAUAUCGGGAGACCUUGAAUAUUGUCCUCGAAUACGCUGAGGGCGGAACUCUCGAACAAUAUUCCCAGACAAAUCAGCCGCCAAGCGAUGGCAAAAGUAUCAUCGACUUUUGGGAAGCUAUAUUUGGCUUGUGUCAUGCCCUCCACCGAAUCCAUGAGUCGCAUCUGCCUCCAGGUGUAGCAGGAAGACGGCUGGUUCUUCAAGGGUAUGUGACGUAUCUCGAUACCGGUGCUCGUCUAGAUAAUUGACUUUCCGCGCAGGUGGCAUCAAGAUCUCAAACCCGCUAAUAUACUUGUCGUAAAACGACCUUCCUCAGAGGAAGCGUUCCCAUGGAAUUUCAAAAUUGCUGAUUUUGGACUUUCACACUUCAGGAGCAUACUGAAAGGAUCGGAAGAAGCCACUGAUUUGGCCAGAUCGGGGACGAGAACCUACGGUGUGUACUUUCCCGUUCGAUCUUCCUGCAUGAAUGACUGACUUCAAGCAGGUGCCCCGGAAUGCUACGCAGAAAGCAGUAGAACAAGUGAUCGACAGAAUAUCGUCAAGCGAAGCAUCGACAUUUGGUCCCUUGGUGGCAUAUAUAGCGAAACUGCUGUUUGGGUCGUUUCCGGCUAUACGGCGAUCGAAGAGUAUCGACACGCUCGCAAGAGGGCAACAGACCAACUGCUUACCAACUUCCGUGAUGGCGACGCCUUCCACGACGGAAGCAGACGGCUACCAAUAGUGGAUCAGCAGCAUGACUAUUUGAGACCAGACAUGCAUCCCGACGACUUUUUGACUGGUCAUGCCUUAUUUGUGAUAGGCAAGGAGAUGCUUCACUCAAGCCCGGCAUCGCGUCCAAGCGCAGAACAGCUUGUCAGCAAAGCAGAGGACGUGGUCAAGGAGGCAAGAAAACUACUCAAUGAAAAGACCUCCCGCGACUCGUUCUCUGGACAGCCAUCAAGCCUUCAAGGCUCUCCAUCUGAAGACAGAUUCAGUCCAUCAGCUGCUCGUCCUCACCUCGCACAAGAUCCAGAAUACCCAGAACGCCCUGGACUGUACUCUACCCCUCGGCAUACCAACAACUUCCCUAGCCAUCACGUGCUGGCAAAUUCCGUUCAGCCCCGGGCUGGACCGUCCGUGGGCCAUCACGACCAAGAAGGCUUUGCGCCGCAAGUGAACGAAUCUAUCACAUACCCGAACGGAGCAUCGAAUCAUACUAUCAAUGGCCAGUCGAAUUUGCCUUUUCGUCCUGCUCCACCCGGAAUAGUCACUCAGCGGAAUGAGGAACCGCCAAAGUGUACCGUCGGAGAAGCUUGGGAGUGGUAUCACGACACCAAGUAUGGAAAGGAUGUUAAACUGCCUCAUGACGGUUUGACGUGGGAGCUUGAAGGACGUGAUCAUGUAAGCCAACGUUACGUCUGCUCAAGAUUCAAGGCUGACCCACGGUAGGUUUUCAUCAUCGACGACUCUAGGUCAAUGCAACCGUAUUGGAGAGAAGUCGAGAGGCUUGCGCAACUACUAGCCUUCAUUACCAAGAGGAUGGACAGGGAUGGACUGGAGCUGUACUUCCUCACUUCUGAAAGGGGCUACAAAUGCUCGAGCUCAUCGAGACUUGCACGGUACAUUCGCGACCGCGCACCGGAUAAGAUGACCAACUUGAACUCCCGCUUGGCCGCGGACCUGAGAUCCUAUCGGGAACAGAUCGAUCGCAUCAGGAGCCAGACCAGAACACGUCGCACGAGUCUCUUCGGUCGCCCGGGAUUGGUACAACGAAGCAUCUAUGUCUUCACCGAUGGAGUCUGGGAAUCCGGCGAGGAUGAACAGGGACAGGAAGCUAUAUUCCUUACGGCAAACAAGUUGGCCGAGACUGGGCUCGAGAGAAAGCAGAUCGGCAUCCAGUUCAUCAGGUUUGGAGAGAGUGAGGUUGGGAGACAAAGACUGGAAGCACUGGACAAUCUGAAUGAGACUCAUAAUCUGGCAAAGUCAGUUGACACCUUUCAUGCCUAUUGAACACAAUGCUAACGAGUAGCAGGGAUAUUGUCGACACCGAACCUGCCAACGGAAAUGUCUGGAAAAUGCUGCUCGGUGCUAUCAAUCCCAAAUUCGACAACGAUCCCAGGAGAGUUUCCUCGCCGACCAUGUAUGGAGGGUGA